GCUCCGAGGAAGUUGAGUUGACCGAGGCGUCGCCGCAGCAUCCCCGUGUCCGGAUCGCACGAAGCCGGCUGAGCCGUCUUCUCCUCGCGCGUCCCCGCCGCCUCCCGAGAGCUCCACUUUCCAUCGGCUAUUGUUUCUGGCGGCGAGCCUUUCUCUGAAACUUAACUAGAAAGUGCUGGAUUUCCCCUUAUUCGCACGGGGAAUCGCAGACCUCAUCUGGGCGGCCGGAUACGACCCACCGCCAGCCCCUUUCAAUACCAAAGUGCUCAAUCCUCUCCAAAGUGCCAUGUCUGAACUGCUCAGAGGGAGAAGCGGCGCCUGAACCAAGGCACCCGCGCACCCAUCGGCCGCCACCCUCCCGGGCGCCAGCAGCACCAAGAAAGCCUCCUUCCGAUGCGUGCCUGUGGAAACUGGUUCUGCGGGGCUGGCAAGCAGAGGCUGGAUUUGGGGGAGGAAGACUAGAGGUGGAGGAGUCUGCGCGCUCUCUCCUCGCCGCGCCUCGCGGUCGCCCAGCCGCGGGCUCUGCGCUCGGUGCCAGUGCGGGUCUCCACCCCACCCCACCCACUUCCCGUGCUCGCCCGGGGGGCGUGUGCGUGCCGCUGCGGAGUUCUGGGAAGUUGUGGCUGUCGAGGAUGGGGGUCUGUGGGUACCUGUUCCUGCCCUGGAAGUGCCUCGUGGUCGUGUCUCUCAGGCUGCUGUUCCUUGUACCCACAGGAGUGCCGGUGCGCAGCGGAGAUGCCACCUUCCCCAAAGCUAUGGACAACGUGACGGUCCGGCAGGGGGAGAGCGCCACCCUCAGGUGCACAAUUGACAACCGGGUCACCCGGGUAGCCUGGCUAAACCGCAGCACUAUCCUCUACGCUGGGAAUGACAAGUGGUGCCUAGAUCCUCGUGUGAUCCUUCUGAGUAACACCCAGACCCAGUACAGCAUCGAGAUCCAGAACGUGGAUGUGUAUGACGAGGGCCCAUACACCUGCUCUGUGCAGACAGACAACCAUCCAAAGACCUCGAGAGUCCACCUCAUUGUACAAGUAUCUCCCAAAAUUGUAGAGAUUUCUUCAGAUAUCUCCAUUAAUGAAGGCAACAAUAUCAGCCUCACCUGCAUAGCCACAGGCAGACCAGAACCUACUGUUACCUGGAGACACAUCUCUCCCAAAGCUGUUGGCUUUGUGAGUGAAGAUGAAUACUUGGAAAUUCAGGGCAUCACCCGGGAGCAGUCUGGGGACUAUGAAUGCAGUGCCUCCAAUGAUGUGGCUGCACCAGUGGUACGAAGAGUGAAGGUCACCGUGAACUAUCCACCAUAUAUUUCAGAAGCUAAGGGUACAGGUGUCCCUGUGGGACAGAAGGGGACACUGCAGUGUGAAGCCUCGGCAGUACCUUCUGCAGAAUUCCAGUGGUACAAGGAUGACAAGAGACUGGUUGAAGGAAAGAAGGGGGUCAAAGUGGAAAACAGACCUUUCCUCUCAAAACUCAUCUUUUUCAAUGUCUCCGAACAUGACUAUGGGAACUACACUUGUGUGGCCUCCAACAAGUUGGGUCACACCAAUGCCAGCAUCAUGCUCUUUGAACUAAAUGAGCCUACAAGCUCAAGUUUGUUGCAAGAAGUGAAAACUACAGCCCUGACCCCUUGGAAAGGCCCUGGUGCUGUCAGCGAGGUGAACAAUGGGACAUCAAGGAGGGCAGGCUGCAUUUGGCUCCUCCCUUUUCUGGUCUUACACUUGUUCCUCAAAUUUUGAUGUGAGUGCCCCUUCCCCACUGGGGGAGAGCUGCCGCCUCUGCAUCCCAACACACCAGCAGGGAAACACGACAGCAGCAAGUCAGAAUCAAACGAAAUUUGGAGAAUCACAGCCAAUGGGACAGAAAUUCGAGGGAGGGGAACAAAGAACACUUUGGGAAAGAAACAAAAAAGUUUAGAAAAUGAAAUUGAAAUUGCCUUGCAGAUAUCUAGGUACCACUGAGUUUUCUUUCUUUUCCCAAAUGGGAAGAAUGCACACCCGGCUUGGACCCACCCACAAGCUGCAUUGAGUGACCUUUCUGUUGCCAGGGUGGGCAAGGGCUCAGCCACUCUGCCCACUAGAGUGCCCCACCAUGGAACAUUCUGGAGUCGGCCAUCCCAAAUUCCAUCUGUCCUUAAAGACAAGCACAGAGUGAGACACAAGGGCCCAGACGUGCUGCAGAAGGCCCUUUGGUGAACUGCGCCAAGUGGCGUGCGUCAUGAAGUGUGAAAUCUAAAAAGAAAGAAAGAACAAGAAAUCAAACAAGACAGCCUGACAGCAACCAUAAUCCCACAAGUGACAGUCACAAAAGAUAUUGUUCAACUUUUGAUUUUCAUUUUACCACAGGGACAUCAUGGAUUAUAAGGGAUUCUGAUUCAUUAUUAAUUUUAUUAAUUAUAUUUUCUGAUAUGAGUUAGUGCAAAAAAGAGACAACACUAGUAAAUACACACAUGAAAGGGGUGAAGAGAAGUGUGGUUCUUAAGCAUUAAAAAUAAAUAGUGUACUUCUUACCUAGGUUUACAAGUGGUGGACCACACACCAGAUAUUCACUACCUGGUGAGGAUUUGGCAGAUCCACCAGAAUACAUGGGGUUUAAUGAACACCUCCACCAGCGCUACAGAUUCCUCCUUAUUCUUCCAUUUCAUGCAGACAGUUCUAUCUAGCUACAUACUGUUUAGACAUGGAACACUGUUCUGCACUCUUUCUUGGUUUGUUGGCUAUGCUUCUUUUGAUGACAUAGAUUAUACAGUAUAUAUAUAUAUAUAUAUAUAUAUAUAUAUAUAUAUAUAUAUACAUAUAUUUUUUUUGUUAGGGUUCUAGCCAUUUUAUUUCUCAGCAGGGUCCUUUCUCAAACAUUACUGCAUGCUGUAUAUGGCGUUAGCUGUGUGUUGAUCUUCUAAAAGAUGAUAGAGUUUACUGGUAAUUGUGUAAUCAGCUCCUGCUUUUUUUAAAUUUUCUCGGGUUAUUUACAUGUCAGAGACAUUUGUAAUCGGAAAGAGAACAACAGCAACAAUGACUAAUAUCAGGCGCAGCGUCUUUCCAGGUGUGGCUCUCAGAGGCAGAGGCCACAGGCUUGGCUUCUCCAUCACACCUCAGGCAUUAACGGACAGCAAGCAACUGAAUCCACUAAACCGUCAGUAAUCACUUGCUUUAGCCCAUUGUGGGAAUCCCUGAUGCCUUUGUGACUACUGGAGAACUUAAAUCCCCUUGUUUUCUUUUAUUUAAUUUCCCACCUUUGUGUGAGUGUGUAUGAAAGAGAAGAAAAAUGACAGUUUUUAGGUAACCAUUCUUUUCCUCCUCCGAAGUUUGGGGACCAGAGAGGCCUCGGGGAGGGGUCCUGGAUGUGAUGAGGGAAAGUGGGAUUGGGGAAAGGGAGGGAGGGAUUGUCUCUGACUUGACAUUAAAAAGUGUUCCAUGUCCCUCUUCACCUGGUGUGAUACCUCAUUCUGUAGGGGUGGUGCGCCUGGCUUGCUGGGUUUGAAUGACAGAAUGGUAGGGCCUGGACCCCUUUUGGAGUAGUCAAAGUUUGCUGUGGUAAGUGCUCUGAUGACAGAAUAAAGGUCAUGAGACGACCUAUAUCCUCUUCAUGGAUACCAGGGGAGCCAAAGUCUGUGAGUGACCUUGUCUUCAAUGCCUCCAAGAAGUUAUGGUGGGAGCUGCCAUCAUCCUCCUUGUCUUCAGUCUCCUCACCUCAGAGGUCAAAUGGUCAAGUGUUGUCAUGGCUUUUAGUCCCAACAAUUUUUAAAAGGCAACAGCCUGUGUAAUUAUCACACACACACACAUACACACACACACACACACACACACACACACAGCUGGAAACAUCAUGCUCCUUGGUAUUAAAUAACUCUCAAUCCUAUGAACCAGUUUUCUGAGGACUGUCUGUUCUUUAUUCUGUGCUCACCCCGAAAACCUUACCUUGACCCAUAAAUUAAGAAAAAGGCAGAUUUUAGUAUGAUAUUCAAGUAAUUCUGGCAUGUUCUGAUUAAUUCUGGGAAUUAAACCUGGAUUAGAAAAUUUACUGAGUGUCAGAAAUGAGGUCACAGCUAGCAAUGUCACAUGUUAUUGCACUCAUGACUUCAGGGGACGAUUCUGCCUGAGAAGAGUGACAAAGAUUAGAAAUGGGUGGUGUCAUUCCCUGCCACCACGAGCAACCUUGCUGACUGUACCCUUCACUGACCCCUUCUGCCCUCAUGUCCCAUCUGCACCCUUCAGAGCAGAUACCCCAGCUUAUUCUUUGCAGUAUAUUGUAAACCACUGUUGACAAAGCCUCAGAGAUUUUGAUUGUAUUGGUUUUGCCCCUCCCUGCCCCAGAAAUGAAUGGCCUUGGAUUUUGUUAGAGGAAGGCAGUGUGUGCAAUGACAAAGUAAGCAUGGGCAAGAUAAAUUUAAAAAAAAAAAAGCAGAGGAAGAUAUACACCUGCAGCAG